ACCUUGUGACACACUGCAUUGAGAUGAUGUUGGAAGAUUACGAGAAGAAAAUACCUGUUUAUGAAGAGAUAAUUACAAAGGGUAAAAAAAUUACAAGUUUUAUUUAUUCGAGGGAUUCUCUCAUUUCUCUAUUGCAUAAGUUUACGGAAGGAACAGAUUUGGUGAGACAAGGCAUUACUUCUUGUGCCACAACUUACUUAACUUUAGACCGUCUUCAAGAGACCAAGGGAGCUUUGAGAAGAAUAUUCACAUCGAAGGCGUGGAAGUCUAGCCCGUUUGCGAAAACAAGCGGUGGGAAAUUUGUUGAGGAUGUGGUUUUGGACAAGGAGUUUUGGAAAAAUGUUAUGAUUUGUUUGAAAGGUGCAAAUCCUCUGAUUGAUGUGCUUUGUUUGGUCAAUUCAAUUGAUGAACCAGCCACCGGUUUCAUUUAUGAAGCAAUGGAGAAAGCUAAAGAUGAAAUACGAAGGGGUCUUUCUAAAGGGGGCAUAGAAAGUUUUAUGCCUCUAUGGGAGAUCAUUGACGAAAGAUGGGACGAACGACUCCACGGCCCUUUGCAUGCAGCAGGCUAUUUUCUUAACCCUCAGUUUCACUAUAGCGAUGUAUUUGGAGAUGAUAUUGAAGUUAAAGGUGGUCUACAUGAUUGUAUAACAAGGAUGGUGGCCGAUCCUGAAGAAAGAGCGAAGAUUGAAAUUCAACUUGAUGCUUUCGAUAAACGGGCGAACGAUAUGGGUCAUCCUGUAGCCGUAAUGACGGCUGGUAAUGAGGUUCCAUCAGAGCGCCUUCGGAAAGGGACUACCAGAGCUCCAAAAAUUUGCGUGUCGUGUAUUAAGCUUGACAUGCAGUUCUUAUGGGGGUGAGCGUAAUCAGAGUGCAUUUGAGAUGGUCCAUGCUAAGAACAGAAACCUUUUGUGGCAAAAAACUUAUAAUGAUGUUGUCUAUGUCAUGGCUAAUUCAAAAUUGGCUGAAGAGAAAGCCAGAUGGUUUGUUGAGCUAGUUCAAAAUCUGAAGGAUAAUGGAAGCAUUGAAGGUACUCCAAAUCUGAAAUCCCUACAUGAUGUGAUUGCUUAUUUGUAUGAUGAAUAUGGAGUUGGAGAUGAAGUUGAAGAUGGAGACGAAGAUGAAGAUGAUGAAAUGGAAGAUGAAGAUCAAAUGGAAGAUUCUGAUUAAAUUUGAAAGAUUUUCUAGAUUAAAUACCUAGAAUUUGACUGUUAUCGAUGUUUAUAUCUUGGUACUUGUUAAAAGCUUAAUACUAUAGCUUAAGGUAUGAAUUUGUGACUUA